AUGAACUCAAAACUUCACUCGGUCAACUUUUUACUGCUUUUGGGUCUCUCCGCAUUCGUGUCGGAAAUAUCAUCUAGCAAAUCAUCGUGGUGCGAUCCAGAACUGUGCCCAAAUGGAAAGCAGCAUUUGGCUUGUGGAAACAAUGGGCGUUUCACCGAUGCCUGUCCGCAGGAUUCCGUUAUGAUUGAUUUGCGCUCGUAUAAAAAUGAAAUUCUACACGAGCACAAUAAGCGACGCAAUUUCGUCGCACUCGGCGAGUUGCCUGGUUAUUAUCCUGCCUCGCGCAUGGCCACCAUGGUGUGGGAUGAGGAAUUGGCUUUCCUCGCUGCGCUCAAUAUGAAACUGUGCUAUGUGGAGCAUGACGAAUGCAAUAAUACGCCACGUUUUAAGAGUGUUGGGCAAAAUCUCUCGGGCGUCGCCUAUCAAAGGGUGGGCGUCAGCAUUAGUGAAGUGAUCAGCCGUUCGAUGGGCUUGUGGUUUGGCGAAUAUCCUUUGAUCGACAGCAGUUAUAUAUCGAAGUUCCGUGUCUCGUGGAAUUUUGAAAAAUAUGGUCAUUUUGCGGAGUUCGUCGUCGAUCGUAAUACUCACGUCGGCUGUGCCAUGAUUCGUUAUACCAACCCGCAGUUUCCCUUUUUCCACAUCUACAAUAUGGCUUGUAAUUAUGCCAGUAAAUAUGCCAUCGGUGUGCCAGUUUAUAGUAUUGGAGAGCCAGCUUCGGAAUGCCGUACUGGCACAAAUCGUUAUUAUCCUGGUUUAUGCUCAACCAAAGAGAAAUACAAUCCAAACUAUGAAUAA